GGCCCGGCCCAAGUCAGUCAUUCACCGGACUACUAGCCCACCAUACACACACCAAACAUGAAGGCCUUUGUUGUGUUCGCCUGUCUAGCAGUAGCAACGGCCCGUGCCGGAAUCGCACAUGGACCUGGCAUUGCUCUUGCUGGAGGUCAUGGCGUUGGCGGCCUUGGAGUUGGUGGAGGCCUCGGAGUUGGUCUUGGAGGAGGCAUCGCUGGAGUUGGCCUAGUCGGCGGAGGUGCUAGUCUCUCCGGUGGACUUGCAGCAGGUGCUGGUAGCGCGAGAUCUCUCCAAGAGGGAGCGUCCAGCUUGGGAUCCUCAGCUCUCGGUGCCAGCUAUGCCGCUGGAUCCGCGGCGGCAGCUGGUGCUGCUGGUGUUCAACAAAUUGUCUCUGGUGGAGUGAUCGGAGGCAGGGCUGACAUUGGACCCGCUGAAGGACCCAAGGCUAACGUUGGACCCCAGAGUGGACCAUCUGACAGCGUAGGACCCCAAGAAGGUGCCAAGAACGUUGGUGGACCUCGUACCGGCCCAGCUGGUCUCGUAGGACCUGCUACUGGUCCAUUCACCUCCGUGGGUGCUUCUGCUGGUACCUCCACCCUCAUUGGACCAUCCCAGGGUAGUGCUAACUUGGUAGGACCAUCUGUGGGAGUUGUAUCCUUCUAUGCUGGCAGUGGCAACAUCAACGGUGACGACGGUAGCUCUGGCUCUGCCGCCGCUGCUGCGCCUGGUGGUCUCGGUGGUGCUGGACUCGGACUCGGUGGUGCUGGUGCCAUCGCUGUUGUGGGUGGUGGUGCCGGAAUCGGCGCUGGAAUUGGCGGACACGACGGUGGUGUUGCUGUGAUCAACGGACCAUCUGGCGCCAUCCACGCUGGACUCGGCUCUCACGGAGCCAUCAUCCCCGCGGCACUUGGCAAGUACUAGACGUUCUAAAGCCCCAGCGAUCUCGGCUCGGCGACGGCGGCAUACCCACCACAGUCACUUACCGGUCUCAAACGAUCCUCAAACGCGCUCAACGUCUUCUUCCCAAAGCUUCGUCCAAUCUAGGAACAUGGUUAUAGCGCCGGCGUUAGUGGUGUAGUCGGUAUAUAGUCAGAAUAUUCUAAUCACAAAUCCAGUCGGUAUAUAUCGAAACACGGUGAAAAGCGCGAGUUGAAAGCUCGGCACGCUGGUCUCAGCCAUCAAGGAUCACGGGUUCAGAUCUCGGUAAAGUGCACACCGUGGCCACGGCCAUUCGUGAUCCGCGGUUCUCGUCUCGUCUCAUCCCCAUCUCGUCGACAACGCGACUCGUCCCCAUCGUAAGACGAGGCACGGGUAAAAUUUAGUCAAUUUCUUCUUUCAUCAAAUCCGCGUAACGCGACGGAGGAAGUCGAACGAAGCCGUGAUUGCCAGCCACGGUUGCAACAACACCGCGACAUCUGGACAUCUUGGUCGCGAUCUACACGACGAGCCCGUAUCAUACGAUCGGCAACGCAUCAAGCCACGUCCAAGUUUUCUAGUUGACAUCACCUGAACCACCGCGCCAGAACACAGAGUCAACGCAAGCACGUUGAACCCGGCUGCUCCGUCAUGGACCCAGCAAGUGGACAAGCUUUGGCGCUUCGUCGUUGGACCAACUGGGUCUGUUCUGUUUUCUGAACACCCACCGUUGCUCCGGCAGUACUCUCUUUGUAUUUUUUUUCUCUCUUACGUCUUCCACCAUCCGUAAGGCCGCCGCUCUUCACACAUAUUUACUACUCUGUCUUUUUUUCUCUCUCUUCCGAUGAGCCGUGCACGAUCAUAUGAUCGCGUCACGAUCUCACAAGUUGUUAUACUCACUGCCGCACUCAAGCAUACAUAUUAUUAUUACAUUACUCGUCCAUGCGCAUAUAUGUUUUCUCUUUAUAUAUAUAUACAUGUAUACAUACUAUUACUACUACUUCCUUCGCGUAUAUAUAUAUAUGAACACAUUGCCACACGCGCGCACACACACUAUUGCUAUAUGUGUACUCGUAUAUAUACACACACUACACAUAUAUUAUAUAAUCGUGUUAUAUGUUAGUGAAAGAGAGAGACCGGUAGAUUAUGGUAGGUCAGCCCUUCCCGUGAGUGAAUGAAUGUAAAUAGAUGGCGCGCCGCUGCCGGCCCCCGACCCCGCCCGCCCUCGUCAUACCCUUUCUUUGCGAUCACGACUAGCACCCCACCACCACCAUAGAUAGAUACCACAUAUUUAUAGCGUUUAUACAUUUAUACAAUACUUUAUAUAAAAUAAAGCAUCAGUAUUUAAAACUCA